AUGAGCUGCAGCCCAACAAAAUCUGAGCAGACCAGACCUCCUGGGGUCCCGGUGACGUACUACGAAACAUGUCGCCGCAUCGAGUGCCUUGCAUCCCUCGGCAUGCCGCAGUCGACAUCGCACACGGUCCCCGCGAAGCAACAGGUGAUGACGCUGCCAGAGCCACCGGUGCACGAGAAGGCGGAACGUGUGCUGCGGGCAGCGUCGCCUCCCACGCCUAUUGGCGGCAGUCGGUCGAUGAUUAGAUCGUCUCGAUCACCCACAUCGCGUUUGUUUGGACGCAAGAAGCCGCGCGUAGACAGUUUUGAUAUGUAUAUGGCCUACGCGGCGCUCAUUCAACGACUGGAACAACAAGUGGAUGAAGAGGAGCACAAAGGACAACUGAAGCAACGCCUAAGUAUUUCCAUCUGA